AUGACCUCACAGGACUUCAGCCACUCUGAUCAACAUCAGUUGUAUUACCUGAGAAAGUACGUCAGGCACAUAGUGGAGAGCCUGAGUUUCUCUAAGGAUGUACUGGAGCAACAAGGACUGUCCUAUAAGGAGUACAACUUCAAACACCUCUAUGAUCCUUCUGAUAUCAUUCAAAAGCCCAAAAGGACUGCAAAGAUUGUUCAUCAGGUGGAUGAAGGGAUGAAGGACUUUUUCAUCCUGGAGAACCAUGACCAAUACUGCAAACAUCUCCAGCAGCCCUUCCCAAGACAACCUGAAUGCUGGGGUUGCAAGUCACAGAGGAGGACAGCAUGGAGACCCAAGAAAGGAGCCUUUCGAUGGAUUGCUCUCCCCACUUUAACUCCUUAUUUUGUGCAAAAUGAUGAGGAGUCACCUCCUACAAAGGCCAAGGAAGUACAGAAGGAGUUCAAGGAGCCUAAUAAAGAAGUGUCUUGGGAAACACAAGUCCUCAGAGCUACACUGGAGCAGUGGAAGGAUGCCUGGGACCUGCAACUAGGGCCAUUGCUUAGCGAGGCUCUGCGGGACCCGAAUGCCCACGUGCGAAUGGCAUCUGCGCUGUGUCACUACGCUCUCGGGGACAGGAGCGAGGAGGCACGAGCAGUCAUGAAGGACGCUCUGGAACACGGCAACUCUGCGGACAGCUGGGCAGCGGCGCAGUGCCUGGCUCUGGAGAGCGCCGUCACCGUGCCCGUGGUGGCCAAGCUCCUCUCCCAGCUCUUUGAGAAGAGCGACGCGGCCGCCGAGGAGCAGGCCUGCCUGCUGCUAGCCCACCUCGGGGAGCGCACGCCCCUGGUGCACUUCCUGCUGACAGCGCAGCUGAACAGCCCCCGCUGGACGGCCCGCGCCCGUGCCUGCCGCGCGCUCCCUGGCGCUGGGGAGCAUCCCAGCCAGGACCUAACAGAGAAGCUUUCCCAGCUGAUGUGGGAGGACUGGAACGCAAGAGUACGCCAGGCAGCUACCCUGGCACUGGGACACAUGGAGCUAGCAAAGGAGAUCCAUGAUUCGCUCACGGAGAAGCUGAGCACUGGGAGCUGCCAGACAAAGGUGCAGGCUCUCUCUCUGAUUAGGCAGCUGCACUACAUGACAGAGACGCUAUUUCCAGGCUUCCUGCAGUGCUUCUCCAGUGACUUUGUUGCCGUGCGGAAAGAAGCCUGUCUUACGGCCGGAGCACUUGGCAUUAAAGAUGAGCAGGUCCUUCAGUGUCUCAGUGAAAUGAUGCAGUAUGAUCCUCACUGGAUAAUCAAGGUUUUUGCCAUCAGAGCAUUGGGCGAAAUAGGCCACGUGAGUCCUGAGCUGAAGGAUCAUCUUCUGUGGGCGCUUCACUACGAGGAGGAGGCAGACGUGCGGCGAGAAGCCUGCUGUUGCAUCGCCACGCUCUGCUUGCAGGACGAAAACGUUCGGGCGACGCUGUUGCAGAGAUUGGUUCUGGAGCCAGAUGAAACAGUCAGAGAAGAAGUGGCAAAAACUGUGAAGAUCCUUAAUUUUGCCCAUGAGGAAGAUCAAGAAAUGAUUAAAGAGAUCAAGGAAAAGAUUUUUAGGCUAAGCCAAAAGGACUUGGUGACCCAGAAGCUUCAGAAACUUGAAAAUGUCAUGGACUGGCUGAGGCAGAAAGUCAACCGCAUCGGCUGGAGCAGAGAGGACAUUGAUUCUGAAUGCGAGGACAUCCUGGAGAGGAUCACUGCUGUUUUUCAAUCCACCCCUGGUCAAAACCCUUCUACUCUUGGAUCAGAAACUGAGAUCCAGAGCACUGUACCACAAUUAGCAAUAGAUGCAAGAGCCGAACGAGGCCGUGACGGAGGAGCCGUACCUCCGUGUCUUUCGUUAGCCGUAUAUCGACGUCGCGGGGGCCUCCGUCUUGCCAGCGGGCUGGGAACCCGUAGACACUCAGCGCCUUCUCGCUUUGCGUUAGCGCUGGGGGGAGGCAGUCGUGAAGGAACGACUUGGCCCUCUGAUCCACAGCAGCAUCAAUGGGUGCAUAGCUGACCAGCUUCUGUAUCAGCCUCUGCACCUUCUCCACAAAAGCCGUCCGGCGAGCGUCGACCACGUCCGAGUGGGCCACCCCCAUGUAGCCCAGGUAGUCCAUGGGAAGGCCUUGCCGGUACUCCACGUCCUCCUCCAGGGCCAUCUGCAGGGCAGCCGGCAGGAGCUUCUCCAGGAGGUCCCCCCAAGAGUUCCUCUGGAAGGACGACACCGUGAUGUGGAGCGAGUGCGCGUCAGGGAGACAGUCGCCCUGGUGGAUGAAGCCCCGGGGGAAGUAGAGCAGGUCGCCGGCCUCCAGCA